CUCCGUCAACCUCAACUCAUCAACUACCUUACACAGAAACGAUACCCUUCGGAACGCCACAAUUAUCAAGCUCUUGACGUCUUCGAAAGCCCCGAAUACAAUCUUUACAUCAUGGCGAGCACCGCGCCCGAAUCGCAACCCAACACAGCAGAUGCCAACACCAACCCCGAAGAAGCGCCCCAGGCACCGACCCAGAAUGGCGAUACCGAAAUGCCACCAGAGGCGAUCGCGCCCGGCCCAGAACCCAAGUUGCCCACCCGCAAGGAUAUGUCGUUGCGCGAGUUUCUCACAAAGAUGGACGAUUAUGCCCCUAUUAUCCCCGACGCCGUCACGAAUUACUACAUGACCAAGGCAGGCCUCCCUCCGCCACCGCAGACAGACCCGCGUCUCGCGCGCCUCCUGGCUCUCGCGACGCAAAAAUUCAUCGCCGACAUCGCCGCCGACGCCUACCAGUACUCGCGCAUCCGCGCAUCCAACACCAACGCGAACAAUCCCAUGGGCAGCCUCGGCGCUGCGGCCGGCUUCCCGAUCCCCGGCCAGCCUACAGGCCCCGCUGGCGCUGCCGCCACCAAAGACCAGGGCCGGGGUGGUCCGUUGGGCAUCCAGCGACCGGGCUACGGCGGCGGCGGACAAGGUGGAAGCCAGAACCGGACAGUGCUGACGAUGGAGGACCUAGGCAUGGCGGUUGGAGAGUACGGCGUGAAUGUCAAACGGAGCGAGUUCUACCGGUGAAACGAUUGGUGGUGGGAUGACAUUUGAUUAACGGAACGGCUGGGCUUUUCUUGCGGAUCGUGGGUAACAUCUUCUACGGCGUUGGAGGGCUACAUUUCGAGAUCGGAACUAGGCGUUAACGGAAAGUCCUUCCGGUUGACGUUUAUUAUGGUAUAGGGCGGAACGGGAGAUCGGAAUGGGUGCUCUGGGUCACGGGCAUCUAGAAUGAGAACGCCUGAUGUUCGAAGGGGCAAAACAUGUGAAAUAAGAACGGAGCUAGCCUUUUAAUAUGAUACACAUUAGUAGCAUUGUACAA